AUGUAUCCCGGAACUGUUAGACAAACACAGUGGCUCGAUCCGUUUAAUCGAGAUCGGCGUUGCGAUCGACGCUGGUUGCGAGAAGAAGACAUGCUAAAAAGGUGGGUAAUGUUCACUUUUUAUGUUUAGUGCAAGUCACGAGAAUUUAUAUAGCAGUUGAAGAAACACUAUUGGGCUUUCUUUUGGCGAGUAAGCGUGUACCGAGGUGCAAGGAAGAAGCAAUUUUACAUAAACGUAUGGACCGUUUUUGUGCUUGAUUGUACAACUUGACUGUUCGAUCUGUACAAACACUCAAGUCACCUUAAACACCUUAGAAAUUUUAUGCUUUAUAGCUUUUAUCGCAAAACAGUAAGACAAAUUAGAAAAUUUAAAAGCAAAGAAAUUGCUUUGAUUUAGUAAUUUAGCAUAGUUUGCACCUAGUUGCAGGAAAGUGGCAGUGAAUUACCGUUUCGGUGCAUUAAUUUUCAUUCAUCAAAACAAACAAAUCUAACUGUUCAUCGCAGAAGUUUGUGCUUGGUCCAAGUCUCGUGCUUCCCGGCUGUCUCGGUAUAAAAACGGAAACUCACUAUAUCGAUGGAAAGAAAUCAUCUUUGACUUUUUUUGGCAUAUAUGGAUUAACUUGUAUCGAGCUCGCACGGAAGCGGCAGGUUUGUAAAGCACGUAGAGUUGUUUGAUGCUAAAAUUCGACAUGAUUUUCACAACAUCUCACUGUUAAAUUAACUCAAAGAUUACAUGUAAGCUUAUAGCUUUUUAAAAAAUGGGCGAUUGCUUACUGUCGAAUUUCGAUCUUGCAAAACUCCAUUUUGAUCGAUCCAACAUUAUUAGAAAUUUCAAAAUUAUCUAUCAGUGAUCUAUGCUAGAAAUUUUUCUCUUUGCUGUGUUCAGCUACUGUACAUUCAAACUUGCAAUUAAAAGGAUGGACAAAUCGAUUAUAAUAUUCUGUAUUUUACGUUGGUUUUGGGAUUAUGCUCAACGAGGCACACAAGGGUAUACCUUUGGGUUUUCUGUGGUUUCUUCUUUGCUUGUUGUUGAAUCAAUAAUAAGGCAAUGAAAUAUUGACAUAUCCUUUAAUUAUUUACUGUUUUUUUCAGAGAAGAUGAACUUGAUCCCAAAUCAAACGAUAAGUGCAGCAACACUUUUCGAAGUUUUCUGAUGAUGAAUUAA